AUGGGUCUCUCUGAUAGUAAACCACAAAUGUCAGAUCCAAUGAUGAUGGAUCAUCAACCAUACCCAGAUCUUAAUUUAAUUCUUAGAGGUGUUCCAAAAAUGAUUCAAGUUGCUGAUGAUAUGCAUAGAAUGACAAAUUAUAUUAAAGAUUUAAGGGAUAUGUUAAUAAUUUCUGUUUUUAUAUCAUUUAUUGGUGUAUUAAUUUUUUUAAUUUGUAAACUUGCUACUAGUAGAAAAAGAAGACGAAAUAGAAAAAGAACUAUGGUACAACAAUAUGAACAAUCUUCACUUGGUCGACGGUACAUACCAUAUGAACCUCAAUCAUGGGAAAGGAUUCAUAAAUUUGGUGAUCAUGAAAAAAAUCAGGUAACACGUUCUGGUACACCACAAGAUUUUGGACAUACAUCAAAUAAUCAACAUAAUAAUAAUAUAUUAUCAUCAACAACUACAACAAGUACAAAUUGUACAGAGAAAAGUCAGAUGCCCUUAAUGGGUAAUCAUCAACACGUCACCAAUGUGCCUCUCCUAAAAAAAUGUGAGCCGGUAAAUUUGUUGUAUGAUAAAUUAAGGCAUAUCGAUUCAUCAUCUGAUUCUAAUAAAAGCUUUAUUUGUUUUGAUGUUCGAAGAGCUGUCUUAGAUAAAUAA